AUGGCGGAGAAGGUGUCAGCUGUUAGCGCCGCCGCCCGUGACGCCACGCAGGAGGGUGGUAGGGGCGCGUGUCUUACCUGUGGGAGUCGCAGGUUGCCGGGGGCGACGCGCGGAGCCCUGCUCUGUCCUGUUCUGUGGCGCGGCGCGGGUGCGUCGCGAUGCGACGCGGCGGCUCGCGUGACACUGACCGCGCGGACGCAGCCGCCGCCGCCGCCACCGCCGCCGCUGCUCCUCUUCCACUCUUUCGGGCCGGCCACCCCUCUGAGUACAGGUCCAGACUCGCCACCUCCGCGCCGGCUCUGGAAGGCAACACGUGUCCGGCGACCGUGGGAGCGCAUCUGCUCCCCUGCCCCGGCGGCCGCCUUAAGAACUGGGUCAGUAGUGGCCCUCCGCCCCCGCCCUUCGCCCCCGCACACGGCCAGCAAGUAA